AUGGCUUUAGAACAACCCAGUCCACAGUUGUUCAGUGUCUCAUAUCAUUCUGAGGGCAACCAUCAUGAAGAGCAGAGGGACCUUGCGGAGAAGAUUGACAACUAUCGGUCGCUAAGUUUGCCCGUCUUAAAUGGUUGUUGUAAAUCAACCUUUCAAGAAUUUGAAAAAAAAGUUGUAGACACAUCUCAAACAGCAAUUGUUGGAGCAAAAAGAAGUUUUAUGUAUAGUGUUCAAAGGGAAUCAGACUUCAGAGUUGGCCAUCAUAGGAACCUGUCUACUCAAAGCAGUGCACCUUCCAGUAGGACAAUCUUUUCUUUUGCGGCAUCCAGUUUUCUAGGUGCGGGAAACACAGAUAAAAUAGAAUCUACUAGCAGUACCAACAAUAAAAAAGGCGUCUCUCAAUCAGUGACACUUUCUACAAUAAAAAGCAACCAUUGUCUUGGCGUAACAUUGACAGAUUCCCGAUGUUUCCUUGUCUGCAUGUCUUUUUUAACUUUCAUCCAGUCAUUGAUGGUGUCUGGUUAUUUAAGCAGUGUGAUAACCACUAUUGAAAGACGGUAUAGCUUGAAGAGUUCCGAGUCUGGUCUCCUGGUCAGCUGUUUUGAUAUCGGCAGCCUUUUAGUGGUGGUUUUCAUCAGCUACUUUGGAGGACGAGGUCACAGGCCACGCUGGCUAGCUAUAGGUGGUUUAUUUAUUGCUGUAGGAGCAGUUCUUUUUUCCUUACCUCACUUCAUUUCUCCACCAUAUCAAAUUCAGGAGAUUAACUCUUCUGAUGCAAAUCAAGGGUUGUGUAUGAAUGGCAAUACCUCUGCCAAAGAUUCAUUAGAGUCGUCAAUGUGCCCAAAUGACUCAGGAGGGAAAGACCAUUCCCUUUAUGUAGCUUUAUUCAUCGUUGCUCAGAUUCUCAUUGGCAUGGGAUCCACACCCAUCUAUACCCUGGGUCCAACUUACUUAGAUGACAACGUCAAGAAGGAAAAUGCCUCACUCUACCUAGCAAUCAUGUACGUUAUGGGUGCCCUAGGUCCAGCUGCAGGAUAUUUGUUAGGAGGCGUUCUUAUCGGAUUUUAUGUUGAUCCCAGAACCAUUGUUAACAUUGAACAGAGUGACCCCCGCUUCAUUGGUAACUGGUGGAGUGGAUUCUUGCUGUGUGCAAUGGCAAUGCUACUUGUUAUCUUCCCAAUGUUUACUUUCCCCAAAAAACUUCCACCUCGCCAGAAGAAAAAGAAGAAAAAGAAAAGUAAUUCAUACGACGUGUCCAGUGAUGACGAUGUGAUGAAAGAAAAAUCCAGCAACAAAGUAAAAACAGACACUGGUGUUGGCCCAUCCAUUGGUUUUGGCCAGAAUUUUGGAGACCUUCCAAGAGCAGCAGUAAGAAUUUUAAGCAACAUGACAUUCCUUUUUGUGAGUUUGUCAUACACAGCUGAGAGUGCCAUUGUCACCGCUUUUAUUACCUUCAUUCCCAAGUUCAUCGAGUCACAGUUUGGCAUCCCAGCUUCCAGUGCCAGCAUCUACACUGGCCUGAUUAUUGUGCCCAGUGCUGGUGUUGGGAUUGUGUUAGGUGGCUACAUCAUCAAGAAACUUAAACUGAGUGCAAGAGAAUCUGCAAAGUUGGCAAUGAUCUGUAGCGGUGUGUCCCUGCUCUGUUUCUCUACCCUGUUCAUUGUGGGAUGUGAGAGUAUUAAUCUUGGUGGAAUUAAUAUACCUUACACUACUGGGAAUCUAACAGGUGGCUGUAAUGUUAACUGUGGUUGUAAAAUACAUGAAUACGAGCCAGUGUGUGGAUCGGAUGGAAUUACAUACUUCAAUCCUUGUCUUGCUGGAUGUGUCAAUGUGGGAAAUCAAAGCAUUGCUGUAAGAAAUUAUACUGAAUGUGCCUGUGUCCAAAGCCGACAGGUCAUAACUCCAUCAACAGUGGGCCAGCGCAGCCAACUCCGAGUGGUUAUUGUCAAGACCUAUCUGCAUGAAAAUGGUUAUGCUGUGUCGGGGAAAUGUGAUCGAACCUGCAAUACGCUCAUUCCAUUUCUGAUAUUUCUCUUUAUCGUUAGUCUCAUCACAGCGUGUGCACAACCCUCAGCCAUCAUCGUGACUCUCAGGUCUGUGGAUGACGGUGAGAGGCCUUUUGCAUUAGGAAUGCAGUUUGUUUUGCUGAGAACUCUUGCUUACAUUCCUACACCGAUCUACUUCGGGGCUGUUAUUGAUACAACUUGCAUGCUUUGGCAGCAGGACUGUGGAGUGCAAGGCUCCUGCUGGGAAUACAACGUGACAUCAUUUCGUUUCGUUUAUUUUGGACUGGCAGCUGGUUUGAAAUUCUUAGGAUUCAUUUUUAUAUUUCUGGCCUGGUAUUCCAUUAAACACAAAGAAGACCAGUUGCAGAGGAGAAGGUGGCGGGCCUCCCCAAUAAGCACAGUCAGUGAGAUGAUCGGCAACGCGAGAGCUGAGCCAAAUUAUGAACGGGCCAGAUCCUGCCCCUCCUUUGGCGCCAGGGAAGAGCCAAAUGAAGACAGUAGCAUAGACAAAGGAAUCCAACACAUAGCACAAACCUAUCCUGGGCCUUUCCUGGAAGCAAUAAAUUCAUCCUUCGAGAAUUCUCAAGAAGAGACCCCAGCUGAUGCAUAGUUUGGAUAGUCAGAGUCCAUUUUCCUGACCAAGUUUAGUAUGGCGCCUUGUGCAACACGUGCCUUUUAUAUGAACUAAAUACAAAUGGAUGAAU